CUAGAAGCCAAAAUACUGACUGACAUUCAGCCAAUCCAGGUUGGAUGGAUGAUGAACGACCGGGAGCUGACUCAAUCGGAGAGAAUUGAGAUGUCCUUUAUGCAGGACACCGGAGUGGCACGGCUCGUGAUCCGGGAGCCCAGUCAACCAGACUCUGGUGAAUACACCUGCGUGGCUACUGGAGAGGUGAUUGAGCCGCAUACCAGAAGGCGGGUCUCCAAGACGAUCAUGUCUAGCUCCUCCAUCGUCAUUGAAGCUACACCUGCCUACAAGGCAGGUCUUAUAUUCGUCAGGCCAGUUGAGGUGAACUUGAAGAAGGCUAAUGAGGAGCAGAUCGUCGAGUAA